AUGUCAAAUUAUUAUUUUUUAAAGAUUGUCGGUCUAAAUAAAGAUUUGAGAAAUACUCUUCAAGAGUGUCACCGGGGUGGUAAAAAUGAUAAACGGUAUUGGGACUGCGAAAAAGUAAGGAGGAAAGAAUGUAAGGAGCGGGCAAUCACCCAGCACACUGAAACGGGAAUAAUUGUUUUGAAGGGUCCAACAGGCGAAAAAAAGUCUGAACAUUCACAUGCGCCAAAUCAAGAAAAUUUGAAGGCGGAAAUUGUUAAGGUUAAUUUGAAGCGAAGGGCAGAAGAGCAGCCAGAAUGCCCACCAGCUCAGAUCUUGCGCGAUAAUCUUGGGAAUUUGAGUGCUGCAAUUUUGGCAAAACUUCCUGAACGCGAAAAUUUAAAAAAGAGUAUGAGGAGAGAAAGAAGGCGUCAAUUACCUCCGAAUCCAAAAACUUUGGAAGAUGUCAUCGAACUUCCUGAAUUUUACCGCAAAACAUUAUCGAACGAACGCUUUCUUAUUUACGAUUCUCGAGAAGAUGAAACCUUUGGCGAUGGUCGCGUUUUAGUGAAAAAAUGGAUUGCACUUCAACAACGCUUCACGUCAAUUGCGGAAAAAUAUGAAACACACAAGGAAAAUAAUGAAAGACUAAAAUAUUUAGAAAACUUUGCACACAACAUUCAAUUAUCCUAAUUUUUUGGCUCAGACUUGUAAUUUCUAUUCACCACUAAGGCUGCAGUCCCAUGGCAGCGUUUUGCGUUGCGUUUUGUCACUAGACCAUGAGUGUAAAAGAGAUGCAGAUAUAUGUUUGCUAUGUUUACACUCAGGGUCUAGUGACAAAACGCAACGCAAAACGCUGCCAUGGGACUACAGCCUAAUUCUCGGAAACUUUUAAAUUUGGAAGGAUUUUUAAUAGAAAUUUCUGUACAAUUUCAUGUAGAAAAUUAACAUGGG